CAUCUACCAACACCCUUCUUUCGUUCAUCACGUCUUUCACAUUCCUUUCGUGGGCUUCAGAUCAGAGCAGCUGUGUCGUUUCGACCUUCUCAUUUUUUCACUCCUUCACACGAGGCUAGCCCUUGUCCAAACUUGCUUAUCUAUCCAAACACGCCUGGCGCAUUACCAUCCUUUCACAGCAACCAAGUUUCAUCAACUCGACGAACAGUCUACACCUGUCUACCAGCUUCCACAGCUUCAGCAAUCAAACAUAGCAGACAUCUCUUGACUAGCUCGCCGGUUUACCACAAUCUCUUCGGAUAUCAAACGACACUGCACUAGAGACAUCUACGUCCGGAACGUUCAGAAACACUCUACCGCAGCUUUCACAGCAACUCGUACGAUCACUCACGCAACCCACACUCAAAAAAUCUCUUACGCAACUCACGAAAUCAAAAUGUACGCAAAGACUCUUGUUUUCGGCGGCCUGGUCGGUCUGGCCAGCGCCCACAUGAAGAUGAGCUCCCCCGUCCCCUACGGCGCUGCCAGCCUCGACAACAGCCCCCUCGAGGCCGACGGAUCCAACUUCCCCUGCAAGAACAGCGCCUACAGCGCUGACGGCGCCUCCAACGUCUACGCCCUCGGCUCCAGCGGCAACCCCUUGGCCUUCGUUGGCUCUGCCGUCCACGGUGGUGGCUCGUGCCAAAUCUCCAUCACCUACGACGCCCAGCCGAACAAGAACUCCGUCUGGAAGGUCAUCAAGUCUAUCGAGGGUGGCUGCCCUGCCCAGGACACCCCUGGCAACCUGCCCGAGAACGCCAACCUCGAGACCCCGUUCAAGUACUCCUUUGACAUCCCCAGCGACAUCCCCGCCGGCAACGGCACCAUUGCCUGGACCUGGUUCAACAAGGUCGGCAACCGUGAGAUGUACAUGAACUGCGGUCCCGUCACUCUCACCGGCACCGGCGGCUCCGAGUCGGCUUACAACGCGCUUCCUGACAUGUUCACCGCUAACAUCGGCAACGGAUGCGGAACCCCUGCCGACACCGACCUCCAGUUCCCUAACCCUGGCCAAGUUGUCGAGAAGUUGAACGGCGCUACUUCUGUCUUCGCUGCGCCCACUGGAGCUAGCUGCCAGGCUGGCAGUGGUGGCAACGGAGGCGGCAACGGAGGCAGCGAGCCUGCCCCCACCACUGCCCCUCCUACCACUGAGGCUCCCACCCCGACUGGCGGAGCCGGCGGAGCCGCGCCUUCUCUCCCCGGCGGUGUUUUCAUCCCCGUCCCCGACACUCAGGCCCCUGCUCCCACUGAGGCGCCUUCAUUCGAGCCUGCUCCUGAGCAGCCUUCCACGGAGGAGCCUGCGCCUGCUCCUCAGCCCGAGACUCCCGAGGUCACCGAGCCUACUCCCCAGCCUGAGACUCCCGUCAUCACUGACCCCAUCUCCGAGGCUCCUGUCCAGGACACUCCUGAGACUGAGGCUCCUGUUCCUCCCACCGACAACAACACUGCCACCACGCCUGGCUCUGCUUGUGCCAACGAGGGCGAGUGGAACUGCGUCGGUGGCACCUCCUUCCAGCGCUGUGCCAGCGGAGCUUGGUCCGUCGUCAUGCAGCUUGCUGCUGGCACUAGUUGUGAGGCUGGCCAGAGCGCCAACAUCAACAUGAUUGUGACCCGCAACGGCAGGAAGCGCGUAAUCCGCAGCAUUUCUGCCUAA